GCCCUGACUCAACUAGAAUGCCUCACUGUCAGACAGUCGGUUAAAUCUCUCUUUUCGCUACUUCUCAGCAAGAAAAGCCGUCACAAUGCCGAUGAUGUGUGGUGGGACUGCCCUGCCAUCUGAAGCCGACGAAAAGAUUCAGAAAAUCUGUGAGAGCGUAAAGUCCCAUGCAGAGCAAAAAGCAGGGAAGACUUAUGAUGUUUUCACAGCCAAGACCUACACGACGCAGCUUGUGGCGGGGACCAACUACUUCGUCAAGGUCUAUGUCGGGGGAGACGAUCACGUUCACCUCCGUAUUCACGAAAAGCUCCCAUGUUAUGGAGGAGACAUUGAGCUGAGUGAUAUGCAGCAUGGCAAGAGCCAGGAGGACCCAAUUGGGUACUUCUAAUGAGAUCCCAAACCAAGCCAAGCCAAGCCCCAAUACCUACAGGCUGCAGUCUCAUUAUAACUAGUUAUUAUCAAAUUAUCCUGGAUCAUUAUACAGAACAGAGUUGCCAUUCCUAACAUGUAACAAUAUACUGUGUUGGUACUGUAGAAAAUGAUGUUUGGAGGAUGUCAAAAAUGGAACAAUUUUGUACAAAAUGGAUUAAUAAAGUAAUCUGAUUUUUUGUGA